UUGUCCUAGAAAACCUGAUGUGCCACUUUUAUGGGGGAUGAAAACCAAACCACAGACAUCCAGUUCCACUUUCACCCAUUUUCACCCAUCCUGGAGAUACAAAUACUUAUUUUUGUGGCCUUCCUGCUGAUGUAUAUCGGCAGUCUCCUUGGUAAUGCCACAAUCUUCCUCACUGUCUGGGCAGAGCGUUCACUCCACACUCCCAUGUAUUUCUUUCUGGCCAACUUGGCAGUUCUGGAGAUCUUUUACUCUUCCACUGUGGCUCCUCUCGCUUUGGUCAACCUCCUGACCAUGGGGAGAAUACCCAUCUCUUUCACUGGCUGUGGCACACAGAUGUUCUUCUUUGUCUUUCUGGGCAGUGCUGAUUGUGUCCUCUUGGGGAUCAUGGCUUACGAUCGGUUUGUAGCCAUUCGGGAUCCCCUACGUUACACCCUCAUCAUGAGAUGGCAGCUGUGUGCCCAGCUGGCAGUGGGAGCCCUGGUCCUUGGCUUCAUUCUAGCCUUACAACUCACAGCUCUGAUUUUCCACCUGCCAUUUUGUGGCCACAACAGGAUCACACACUUCUACUGUGACGUACUCCCGAUCUUGCGGUUGGCCUGUGGAGAUACUCGAAUGCAAGAAGCCAUGAUCUUCAUUGUCAGUGUUAUCAUCCUUACCAUUCCCUUUUCCCUGAUCUCCAUCUCCUACAUCUUCAUUGUGGCUGCCAUUUUGAAGAUCCGCUCUGCAGAGGGGCGGCACAAGGCCUUCUCCACCUGCUCUUCUCAUUUGACUGUGGUUCUCCUCCAAUAUGGCUGCUGUAGCCUCAUCUAUUUACGCCCCAGCUCUAGCUACAAUCCAGAAAUGGGUCGUGUGGUGUCUGUUGUCUACACCUUCGUCACCCCUGUCUUGAACCCCUUGAUCUACAGCAUGAGGAACAAGGAGCUGAAAGACGCACUAAAUAAGGUAACGAAAAGACAUUUGCUGUGCUAGGAAAUGUGGACUCACAUGAAUGAUAA